AUGUCCUUGAGAAGAAACGUAAACUUGGAUCAACUGGUUCAAGACAUCCACAAUUGGCAAAAGCAAAUAGAUGAUUUAUGGGAGACCAAUCAACAACUUGAACUACACAAGAAAAUACUACAUAGACAGUGUGAAAACAGUGAAAUAAAAGAGAAAAAUGCAAUUGAAGAUGCAAAUGAGAUGCAUAAAUUGGUGGAUAAACUUCAGGGUAUUCUAGCAAUGAGGUGUGAUAUUGAAGAUGAAAACCGAACACUUAAAGAUCAGAUUGAAGAUAUGCAGGAUAAAGUAGCAAUGCUUACAAAGGAGCAUGGUGAGAAGGAAGAUAAAUGGAAAGAAGAAAGGCAAGAAAUAAUUGAAAGACAUAAAGAAGCAUUAGUCAAUGUUACAGAAGAUGCCAGAAUAGAGGUCAAAAAAGAAGUUAGCAUUCUUGAAAGAAGUCUGGAAGAAAAGAUACGAAGUGUAAGAACACUUCAGAAACAAAUGGCUGAUGCAGAGAAAGCAAAACACACAGAGAUUAUCAAACUAAAACUGGAGAUGAGUGCAGCCAAGAAGAUGCACCAAAUUGUAUAGGCUAUAGACAAUAUUGUGACGAUGCAGAUGGAGAGUUUGCACCUGUUGUUGUGCGCUGUCCACACAUGUGUAAGAGGUGCCCCAAUGGCUGCAGACAUCCCGAUGCACCAAAUUGUAUAUUCUAUAAAAAUUAUUGUGAUGAUGCGGAUGGAACUUUUGCACAAGAUAUUGCGUACUGUCCACACAUGUGUGGGAGAUGCCCCUGUGGGUAAUCAUGUUUCAUGAAACACAUCACCACUCUUCCGUUCUACAGCAAAUCGUAGACAGGUUAAAAUAUGAUAAUGAUUUGUUUUUACCAGCUUCUUAAAGAACAGACAAUAAAACACUUUUAUCCGUAAUCUGUUUGUAUGAGUGCAUGGUAAUGGUUGUCGGAUGUCAGAAGAGAAGUGAGAGAGAACUCUGUCCAACACACCUCAUACAAAGUCCCCACAUCCACAUUCUAUCAGUGUGCUAUUCCGUUAAUGGCAUAUCAUUAUAAGCAGCAUAUACGCUGUUAAUAAUAAACCAGUUUAUUCGUAUAGGCUUAACAGAUGUACCUUUUGGAUAGCAAUGAGUG